ACUGUCAUUCGUUAUUACGUUGUUGAAUUGACGACGUGUAAAUUGGAACAUAUAACAAGAUUCUCUUAAUUAAUCGUGUUGGAUAGUUUAUAAUGGCAUGUCAAUUAGAAAACGAAAUGUUGAAUGAUUACCGAAUAACGAUGCGUUGCGCAAUACUUUUUUCUCACAAAUUUGAAUUAGCAUGACAAAACUGUGUACAUUGGAUCGCUGUGAAAUUCUAAACUUAUUAAAAGGCUAAGUAACUCGUGAUUAGGCGCGUGAGAUGUUUGAGGCAGCCCGAUUCAAUGCUUUUUGAAUGGAGAACAAAGUCGCGCAGUCAUUUCCUAGUUGAAGACGAUAACAAGACGUUUUAUUAUUUGUUUUCCUUGCUGUGUUCCUGUUCAGAUAGACUAACAUAAGUUUUAUAGAUCAUUUGCCUCAAUUGGAUCGGAUUGCUCAAUUAAAAAUUAUAUAAAUUAUGCUUGGAGUGUGCAUUUAAAUUCGCAAAUUUAUGGGCACUUUUAAUUGAUAUUUAGGUGAUUAAUUUAACCAUACAUUUUAUUGCACAAAUGAUGGUGAUGAUGUUACAUUGGCUUUGUGAACAAAUAAUCUGAAAUAUUUAAAUCGUCGGUCGAAUUGUUUCUGUUAACGGUCAAUGAGAAAAUGUUUGAAAUCCAAAAUGGAGACGGAGCGUUAUUGUUUUAUAAAUGAAUUAUUGAGCUUCUUUUUAAAAAUGGCUAAAUUAGCGAGUGACGCUUACGAUUCACUUCCUUGAUAAUUAUAACCUUGAUGAAUAUAAGAAAUUUUUUAAGAGACGCAUUCUUCAAUAUUAAAAUGUCCUCCAAGCUGUUUAACGAGUUUAGCCGAUGUGAAAUCAGUGAUCUUCCUCGACGUAAAGUUAUCUUUUUACGAUUGCAUCUAUGGUCGUCGCUGCAGAGCUUGAAAAUUGUACAAAAUGUCAGACGAAGACCGUCAGAUCAGGGCGGCAGCCGAAGCAAUUUUAACGGGUUCGGUUCAGUCCCAGAGGAGUUCAUUUACCCAGCAUAGCGUUAACAGGACUCCGGACAUCGUCGUCAGCGAGGAUCUCAUCGCGGGUGCCAGACAUCGGGGUAGAAUGUCAAAUGUGAGAAGAUUCUUUUGUCUCUUUGUCACAUUUGAUCUACUCUUCACGUGCCUGAUGUGGCUCAUUUGUACUACGCUAACAGGCGAUAACGUGGAGACGGCAUUUAUCAAGCAGGUUGUUCAUUAUCAAAUCAAAACGUCACUCUUCGACAUAGUGAUGGCUGCCGUAUGUAGGUUUACGGUUUUGUUACUAUUUUAUGGGCUACUGUAUAUAAAUCACUGGUGCAUCAUAGCCCUGUCCACUACCGCGACAUGUGCCUUUCUCAUAGCCAAAGUCUUUUUGUUUGACUGGUCGCAAAGUAGUCAGCCUGUUUUUCAAGUUCUGCUGGUUCUAACGUCCUUUGUCCUGGCAUGGGGAGAAGCCUGGUUCUUUGACUUUAGAGUCAUACCUCAAGAAACGCAGGCUCGUGAUUGGAUUCUCGGGGUAAGCUCCUUCGAUUCGGAAAGGGCGCCGCUUCUUGGACGCUUUCUAACCGGUGCUGGUCAAUAUACAGAGAGUGUUGCGAAUUUUUAUACCCCCAUGGAUACACCAGAUCGUUCCGACGAUGAGGAUUAUACUCCAAGACAAAAUAAUUCAAGACGAUCAAUAAGAACGUCAGAAGAAUUCGUUAUACCAAUCCUGCCAAGAUUGUCUCGCCAAAAGGUUGACGAAUACAAGAGAGUGGCGGCAAUUACGUUGGAUCGUGCCUACGAGUUGCUGAUGUCCUCCAACUGGAAAGACGAAAGUAUUACCACGGAGGGUGACGUCAUAUCCUCGAUGAGUCUUCCUAAACCGGAUGGAAGAAUUUUCAAGAUCACGGGUAUCAUCGACGUGCCUGCCUGGGCCUUGCUGGACGAUCUGUUCAAACACAUUGAAGCAAUUCCAAGCUGGAACCGACUCGUGGCAGAGUCGAAAAAGAUACAGCCAAUAGACGAGAACACUGAUAUAGUUUAUCAAGCCACCUCUGCCCAGGGCGGUGGAAUGGUAAGCGCUCGUGAUUUUGUAAUUCUGAGACGUUGUGGCAAGAAGGAUGAUUUUUUCAUAAGCUGCGGAACUUCCAUACAAUUCUCACCCAUUCCAGUGCGCAAGGGCUUCGUGAGAGGGGAAAAUGGCGUCGGUUGUUGGGCCACGGAGAACAUCGUAGAAGAUGAGAACAAAUGUCGCUUCACCUGGAUCAUGAAUACAAACUUGAAAGGUUGGCUACCCCCAAAGGUGGUCGAGGCGUCAUUGUCUACCGCACUUAUAGAGUUUAUGAGUCUCUUGAGGGAACACGCGAGCACACUGAGAUCUUCGUAGAUCCAAGAAAAGUAAAUGCUAAGUCGGUUGAUACGACUUUCAUGAACGUUAACAAGAUGACCUUGAAUUGAAUCCUCAGAGAUCCAUUGACGAACCGUGUUUCUGGUGCUUCCUACAAGUUUAUCCAUACUCUGCAGCCCUCCCUGUGAUGUCCUAAUCAAGUUUUUGCAGUGGCUGAACUCAUAGAUGGAUUAUUAUUCACGUGAAUUUGAAAACCUUGCAAACCGCUUUUUUUUUUACGCAAAUGAAAAUAUUAGUGACGAUUCAAAUGCUUUAUGAGUAUUUAUAUUUUUUAUGUAUUCGCGUUGACGCUUGCCCAGUCGAUUCCUCGGGUCCCUCGAGGUAAAUGCAGUUCUGCUCGACAGCGUCGCAUUUUAUUAUAUAUAUUUGUGAAUAUGAAUAUUAAUUCAAGACGAAGAUGUCUUAGUAUUAAUUGAAUUGCAUCGAGAAUUAUUGUGAUAUCAUUAUUACAUUUGUUAAAGAAAGAAGUUUAUCAAAUAGUGUAAAGCAUAUUUGACACAUCCAAAACAUUCGCGUAGACGUUGAUCGACGUGGUCGAGAUGAAACGUGUAGGAAGAGUACGUGUAUGUGGUAUUCUUGAUGCAACGAUGCACAAAUUUUGAAAGAUAAUUGCAUUUUUAAUCUUGUUCAAAGACAGAAAAAUUUGUACUAUUGUUUUCCAGAAUUGUGACAGAUCAGAUUGAUUCCUAGUAUCUAUCUCUAAUUCUGCGUUUUUUUUUCAUUGUUAAUGAAAAAAAAAAUAAAAGAAUUUCAUUCGUUGCAUUUUCUUAGCACGUGAUAUACAACUAUGUACAAAGAAUUUCCUUGUUAAUAUCUCUCUGACAAUGAUACAAAUAUCUUAAUGCAUUUUCCUAAAAUAUGAAUUUCACAUUGGAAUGCCCAAGUCCAUGCAUUUUUUUCAUUUAAACUGAUGACUUCUAUAUAAAGGCAUUCCUGUUUUUUGGUUGUUGAUAAACUUCUCAAUGUUACGAUUAUUGUUGAAAUUUCAAAAAUUAUUUCUGUACUGCCGAUUACAUUAAAAGAAAAGUUCAAUUGCAAUCCUCAUUAUUACUUUGUCAAGCACCAUAGAAAUCAAUCUGUUAAAUACUAGUCUGAUUAUCCCAUAAAUAAAUAGCUAUUUUAUAGCAAUAUGUUUUUAUACUUCUAGACAGUUGAAUUAUAAUAGUAAAAUAUCCUAUGAGAAGUUUUAGGUUAGUUAAGUUUACAUAGCUGUAACCCAUAAAAUGGAAUUUUCGACUUCAAAGUCUCAAAAGGGAAGAUUGAACAGAUGGCGGGUUACUUCAAGGUUUAAGGUACUCGGAUAUCAUAGAAAAUUCGCAUAUCUCGAUUAUGGUCAAAGAAUUUUCUAUCGUCUCGAGUUCCAAAUGGAUCAACUAUUUUUUUUCAAUGAUAAACGAUCAAAUAUCCUUGUUCUUCAUCGGUUUUAAAAAUUUCCAGAAAUUACGUGUUUCGUUUUAAAAGAUCCCAAUAAGCUAAUAAAGGGAUGAGAAACAGGUAAUUAUAAUAUGACAAGUCAAUUUAGAUUAAUUAAAAAUGUUCGAAAAAUCAUUUUCCUCCAAUGACGAUCCAUAAUAGAUUUUUUUUAUUUAUAAAUUAAUUUCAAUUUUCUUCGUAAUAAUUUUACCGUGCGUUUCUCGUUCGAUUUAUAUCUUAAUUUUUAAAAAAAUUUCCAAACAAGCAACUGUCAACUGUCAUUUACUACAGUUCUAUAUACAUUGGCGCACAUGACUUUCCAUAGUCGUAGGAACGUUCCUAAAAAUUAUUCAAUAUUUAGAGUUAAUCGCUUUAGUCUAAUUUACUCGAAUAUUUUUAUAUAAUAAAAAUAAUAUAAUUAAUUUUGAAUUGUGAACGAGAUACGCUUGAUAACUAUCACGAAGACGAUACCGAUUGUCAUCGACUAGAAUAAAGAGAUUUAUAUUGAAAAAUA